AUGGCAACUGAUGAACCUGAAGGCAGCGUUGAAGAGUGUAAAGACAAGAGGGCAAGGCCCAAGUGGGAUAGUAAAUUCCAGUACCUUUUAAGUUGUGCUGGAUUUGUUGUGGGUCUUGGAAAUGUGUGGCGUUUUCCAUACUUGUGCCAAACCUAUGGAGGAGGGGUAUUCCUGAUUCCAUACGUCAUCGCGUUUUUGUUGGGAGCCAUCCCUGUAUUUUUCCUUGAAUUAGCUAUAGGGCAACGCUUGAAAAAAGGCAGCAUUCAACUCUGGUGGCACAUCUCUCCUUUCCUGGGAGGACUGGGUUACACUUCUAUGAUAGUGUCCUUCCUAGUGAGUUCGUAUUAUAAUAUGCUUUUGGCCUUGGUGAUGUGGUAUUUUAUAAACUCUUUCCGAAACCCGUUACCUUGGAGUUCCUGCCCAACAGAUACCAGCAAACCAGAACUUAUUGAAGAAUGUCACAAAAGCACACCUACCAAUUAUUUCUGGUAUAGGUACACUUUAAACAUAAGCACAGAUAUUGGAAAUAGUGGCCCACAUCAGUGGUGGCUGGUUUUAUGUUUGGCAGCCUGCUGGUUAAUUGUGUUCAUUUGUACAGUACGAGGAAUUGAAUCGGCUGGAAAGGCAAUAUAUUUCACAGCUACAUUUCCUUACCUAAUUCUAACAUUAUUCCUUAUUUAUGGACUGACUCUCCCAGGAGCCAUUCACGGAUUACUCUACUUCAUGACUCCUAAUCUCAAGCAGAUCAACAAUCCACGUGCCUGGCUUGAUGCAGCCACCCAGAUUUUUUCCUCUCUUUCUUUAGGAUAUGGGGGACACAUAGCAUAUUCAAGCUACAACCCUUCAGGAAAUGACUGUGAACUGGAUGCUGUCAUGAUAGCAGCAAUAAACUCUCUGACGUCUUUGUUUGCGUCAGUCCCAAUUUUUUCAAUUCUGGGGUUCAAAGCAACAAUGGCCUAUGAAGACUGUUUGUCAAGAAAUGUCAAAUACAUCACCAAGGUAUCCAGGAAUGACAACAUCACUGUAGACAGUGGCGCAUUUUGGCUCAGUUACUUGAAUGGAACAGAUAUCAAUAAACUUGCAUCUCUCAAGCUGGCAAAUUGUGAUCUCCAGUAUUUCCUUGAUCAGAGUGUUUCUGGACCUGGCUUGGCCUUUAUUCUGUUCACUGAAAUCGCCGUUAAGAUGCCUGGAUCGAACACUUGGGCGAUUCUGUUUUUUCUCAUGCUGUUCAGUAUUGGUAUAUCUUCCAUGUUUGGAUUUGUUCAAAGUAUCUUGACGCCUCUCACAGAAACUCCCAUUGUGUCUAGAUACAUACGCAAGGAGGCUGUAUGCGGUUUAAUAUGCCUUACUGCCUUUCUGCUGGGCCUGGUUUUUACUCUGAGAUCAGGAAGCUACUGGCUUGAGAUGUUUGACAGCUUUGCGGGGACCUUGCCUUUGCUCAUCAUUGGUUUCUUUGAAGUGAUCGGUGUUGUAUUUAUUUAUGGAAUGAAAAGAUUCAGUGCAGAUGUGGAAGAGAUGACAGGAAGACCACUAAACUGUUAUUGGAAGGCAACGUGGCAAUUUUUCUCCCCAGGGAUAAUGUUCGUGAUUUUUGUGUCCUAUGUACUUCUUGAGGAAACUUCAAGCUACAAUACAUGGAACCCAAAUUAUGUACAUUUUCCUGCAAAAGAGCCCAAAAAGUACCCUAUCUGGGCUGCUGUCAUCUCUGUGAUGCUGGAAACUGGACCAUGUUUGAUGAUCCCUUUCGGAGCCAUUUACCAACUUUGGAGAAUCGUACUGAAAAAGAAACAGAUACACAAAAUACAUCCAGACACCAGCACUGGUAGCACCUGAUCUUAACUUUUGUUUCGGCGAUCUGGUCACCCUUGUUUUCCCCAUCCUAUCCUGACCAUUAACCCCCCCCCACAUGUAUCCUCAAAUUUAAGGUAUUCAAUCAGUAUGGAUGUAAGGAUUUCUAUGUAAAACCAUUUUCUAAAUAAAUGCAUCUUUAUAUAUAGCACUCAGGAAUGUUCGUAAUACAUAACACAUAAUUAUCUUGUAAGUCUUACUAUGCCGACCAUAUGAGGUAGGUCCACAUUUUUAUCCUUAUAUUGCAGGUGUGGGGGCUGAGACUGAAAGAAAGUGCUUUGCCUAAGGCCAUUGGGUACAUGAGACUUAGAAAGGGGAAAACUGCUAGGGGCUGAUUACAAAAUGAUGACAUUAGGUGGACACCCUCCAAAACAUAAGUGGACAGAACAUAGUAAUUCCGCAGUAAGGAUCUUUUCAGGCACCACUCUUACGACUGACUGUUUAUGAUUUCCCCUACAGCCAAUAGAACAUCCCAUUUAUUUUUAGAAACAAACUAAUUUAGAGAGAAUCAGUACUUUAUUUAUAUCUAACCACCUGAACUCUAUUUAGGUUUACCAAGUACGAUACAACAACUGUUCUUGCUGAAAGGCCAUGUGCAAUACAGUAAAAUCUCAAACAUGCAAAUAAUUCAAGGAUUACUCAGCAAGGGUUAAGGAAAACCACAUGGUUCUGACAGCCACAAUUAUAAAAUAAUGUGCCGCUGAGGUUUUAAAACAGAAGUCACAGAACUCACAGAAGUGAGUUAUGCAAACAAGGCCUGCAAGACAGAGCUGUUCCGCCUGGCCUUUGGGUUAGACUCAGCCUGACCCCUGUGUUUUCCUCCCUCAUGGCUUGGAUUUAUGGCCUACUUGAAAUGAGGCUGCAUUUUAAAUUUUAAUACUGUAUUUUAAUCUGUAUUUUAAUUAAUUGUUUUUAUGUUUCAUUGUAAUUCUGUUGGUGUCAGCCGCCCUG